GCACCUCCAGCAUGUGCUGGCGCGGCCUCAGCCUGAAGUCUGGGGCCGAGGUCGCCAUCAAGGUGUACAAAACGCUCAGCGAGGAGGAACAGAAAGUGCUGAUACAGAAGUUCAACCGGCAGGUCAGUGUGCUCCGGGACCUGGAGGUGCUGUCGAGCCAGGAGAAGGCGGGCCCGCUGUGGCAUGCGCAGCUGGACAUGGCGAAGCCCUCCAAGCUGUUCAUGCAGAUGAUCGACUUCUCGCGGGACGCUUCCGGCACGCCGGGCCCGGACCCCGACGACGGCGUGAUGUACCUGGUCACGGAGAUGGGGUGCUACAGCCUGAAGGACUACCUCAGGCCCCUCGUGAGCAGAGCACGCAGGUCGGGCCGCCGCGCGCAGGGCUCCGUCCGCUGA